CCGACGCCGCGGCUGUGGGACGCGCACCUUUCCGGGUCCGCUCCGGUCGCUCACGCCUCCUCCCGUUACCCCCUCCCGCGCUUGGUGACCACCCCUCCCCCCCGUGUCGGGGGCGCGCACGCGAUGCGGACACGGGCACUUAGGGUUGCGGCCUCCUCGGGCUGAGGCGGAGGCGGAGGCGCCCGGGGCGAUGCUGCGCAGCCAGGCCCGGGGAGCGACGAGGAGCCGCCCGGCGGGUACAAGAAAAUGGCCAAAAGAAACGCGGAGAAGGAGCUGACGGACCGGAACUGGGACCAAGAGGACGAGGUGGAGGAGGUGGGGACGUUCUCAGUGGCGAGCAAGGAAGUCCUGAAGAACAGAGCCAUCAAGAAGGCCAAGCGCCGCAGCGCCACCUUGGAAUCUGAAAGCGGAGGGGCUUUUAAAGGCUUCAAGGGCUUUGUUGUGCCUCCUGGAGGAGGGGGGCUCUUUGGCAAUGGCACCAGCAUCAGGCCUCUGGAAGGCCUGUCCAACGGCGGUAGCAUGUCCUCUGUGCCCACCUCUACGCCCACCAAGGCUGCAGCAGAGAAGAAGGUGACCUUUGGCCGCGUCACAGCCAACGGCCCAAUGCGUCCCGCGGGCACGGACAAGAAAGCUGCCAGCACCAAGACUAACGGAGACAGCCAGCAGCCUUCCUCCUCCGGCCACAGCCCCAGUGCCUACCACAGACAGCUCGCUGCCUUAAACUGCUCCGUGCGUGACUGGAUCGCAAAGCACGUGGACAGCAACCCGCUCUGCGACCUGACGCCCAUCUUCAAGGACUACGAGAGGUACCUCCUGAGCAUCGAGCAGCUGGCUGGCAGCGGCGGCAGCAGCGACAGUGGUGUGGAGAGGGAGGCCGGCCGACAGCAGCCCCGAGACGCCCCCUUCGUGUUUGACGCAGACAAAGCCAAUGCACGGGCAGAAGCGCCUGCGGAGAAAAAGGUGGCCCCGGCCGUGGGAGUGGCCUCCGUCGCCUCCUUCCACUUUGGCCAGAAAGUCAACAGCUCGUUUCUGGGCCCCUUGGGCACUGGCCCCACGGCAAACUUCUCCUUCUCUCCUGGAAGUGCGGGCAUAUUUGGCAAAGAUGUGGCCCAGGCAAGUUCUGGCUCUUCCUUCUCCAAGAUGCCAGAGAGCCAGCCGGAUGCAUCUGCUGCUGAGAGCAAAGGUGCUGAAGAGGAUGAGAGCGAGGAGCCGCCCAAGGCCAUCGUCACCGAGGUCAAAGAAGAGGAUGCCUUCUAUUCCAAGAAGUGCAAACUCUUUUACAAAAAAGAUAAUGAGUUCAAAGAGAAGGGUGUGGGCACGCUGCACUUGAAACCCGCCGCUAAUCAGAAGACCCAGCUUCUGGUUCGAGCCGACACCAAUUUAGGUAACAUCCUCCUGAACGUCCUGGUUCCGCCCAACAUGCCCUGCUCCCGCACUGGCAAGAACAACGUGCUCAUCGUCUGCAUCCCCAACCCACCCAUCAGCGAGAAGAAUGCCACCAUCCCCGUGACAAUGCUCAUCCGCGUCAAGACCACCGAGGACGCUGAUGAGCUGCACAAAAUCUUACUGGAGAAAAAGGAGGCGUGAAAGUGGCAGAGGCACACCUUUGCCAAGUUGCUUUUUUCCCUUAAACUUAUUCCUUUUAUUCUUAACUUUCUACUUUGACAUUCUGAGAACUUGGAGGUUUUCUGAAAGGUUUUGUGGGGAAAAUUACUAUGGCCAAUAAAAAGCUUUAACUGAA